AUGUACGGUAGGCGAGACAAAUCCGUGUUCACGGAGAAGGGCGAUUAUUUACCAUACGGUAGCGAUUCUACAACAUACUGGACUGGAUUUUACACGUCAAGACCCAGCCUCAAAUAUCUCGCCAGGAAAGCACAUGUGUUCCUUCAGGUUGUGAAGCAGUUAACAGUAAUAUCUAAGAUGGGUGACUCGUACGAGCUGCACCUACUGCGCCAUGCUGUCAGCUUAUUACUUCACCACGACGCUAUCACAGGAACCAGCCAACAGCACGUUACCCAGGAUUUCAUAAAAACCGUAACGGAAGCUAUUGACUCGUGCUCUAAAAAAGUGUCACAAUAUCUCAGCGCACUGACACCAACUUGGGGAGGCAGCCGACGUUCCAAAAAUAAUCAACAGUUUAUUAUCUGUCAUCAGUUGAACAUGAGUCAAUGUAGAUUCUCGGAGAGCCAGGACACUAUGCUGCUGUUGGUGUACAAUCCGUCGAGCGUCAAGACCUACUACCACGUGAGGUUGCCGGCCAUAGCGAUGCAUUACUCUAUACGGGAUUACAAUGACGAAGAAGUGGAAUACCAGCUGUUACCACUGCCGGCAGCCGUUAUAAACCUACCUGGACGGAGCUCCGCUGCAAUUCAGGAGCUUUACUUCGAGGCGGAAAACAUACCGCCAAUAGGUUACACAGCCUACUACAUAGCACCGAUUAGAGACCCACUGUACCUGAAAGUAACAAUAGACAAAGACAGCGGUCUUCUGGAGUCAAUCCAGCACGUGGAUGGCGUGAAGAUUCUGAUCUCACAGAACUUCUACUUCUACAGUCAAACUCAGCAGCCGCUGCAGUCCGGCGCAUACAGCUUCCGUCCAUCGAAUAACAGGCCAACACCUAUUACAGAUAAAGUUUUAUACCACGCGGUCAGAGGGAGUCUGGUCAAGGAGAUCAGACAGAGAUUCAGCGACUGGGCGACGCAAGUGAUACGUCUGUACAGAGGCGAGGAGUUCAUUGAGCUGGAAUGGAUCAUAGGGCCCGUGCCUGUCGGAAAUGAUCUUGGUAAAGAAGUGGUAAGCAUUCUGAAGACCAACAUCAGUAAUGGCGGCGAGUUCUACACGGACGCGAAUGCGCGCCAAAUGAUGAAACGCACCUGCUGGAAUGAGACUUCUAGUCAUCAGCAGAAGAAGCCGGUGGCGGCGUGCUACUAUCCCGUGACGUCACGCAUCUGCACGCGCUCCGUCAACGCCAGCGUGGAGCUGUGCGUCCUGACCGACCGCACGCAAGGAGGCACCUCCUACAAUGAGGGGGAAAUUGAACUUAUGUUACAUCGGAGACUACUGACGGACGAUGGCUUCGGCCUGGAAGAAACCCUCAAUGAAGAGGCAUUCGGCGUUGGAUUGGUGGUGAAAGGAAAACACAGAAUCAUGUUUGGCAACUUUAGACAAGAGAUGGAUGAACAGACGUUUUCGGAGAGAGUUUCAUACACCGCCAGGAAGUGGCUAAUGGAGCCCUGGCUUUUCCUAGCGCCAGGUGAAAAGAUCAACAGGAGAAAGUGGCAAAACGUCAGGAAUAAACGGUAUUCGGCUAUCCGGCUGCAUGGGUUGCCUCGUCACAUUCAAAUUAUAACCCUGGAGCCGUGGAAAGCUGGCUCGGUAUUGCUGAGACUUGAAAAUACCCUCGAAAAGUCAGAUAAAGCAGAAUUAUUCAAAACGGAAAAAGAUGCUACCGAAGAUUACGGGCCGAGGAGCACGCAUAUAGUAGUCGACCUGCGUAAAAUAUUUGGACAGCACGAGAUCAAGAUGGUGAAAGAGACGACGCUGGCUGCCAACCAGUGGCUAGAAGAUGCUAGGCAGAUGGACUGGAGCACGAGAUACGUAUAUUCUGGUGGCGACGAUGGAAUCCUACCAGAAGACAAUGUUGACUAUACAGAUGAUAAACUAGAACGAUCGGAAAGAAAGGACUCAGGCUAUUCAGAAGAAGAUUCCGAUUACGUAAGAAAAGAACCACGGCAAAAACUUAACCCCAUGAGCAAAGUUAAAAUGCUUCAGUCUCGAUACAGCCAAUUCGAGGACAGGCGUAAAAGAUCGCUGAACAUCACAGAAAAUCUUAUUGAAAAUCCUAAUGAAUCUAAUGCUUCCGAUUAUAUCACUGUUAAAAACUCCGUAGAAAUCACCACAAAAGUAUCUAAUCAUAGUAAAAUUGACUUAAGCGAAACACUAAAAUACGUGGAAGCAACAACAAUGAAAAACGUUUCGCUUCCACAAAUUGAUUCUAGACGCGCUAAUUCAGCACUAAAAUCGGAUGUAAACAAUGACUUCGUUAGAACCAGAUUCAGGUCGGUGUCCAAGAAAAUUCCAAAACUAAACUUUUUCCGCACCAAGGUAAAACCCAUGAAGUUCUUCGUAGACUGGGGUAAUAACUCCGAUGACUCAAGGCCUUCAGAAGAAGAUUUUUCAUCAAAUUUAAAAAAGAGGUCAACAAAAAGAAGAAACGAAAGUCAUAGCUUGAAAAGUAAUAGGCGCAUGGAAUAUUUCGCUGAAGAGCCCGACGAUGGCAUAACUCGAUCCAUGUACGAAAUGUAUUACAAAAUAAAACCGAGGCGCAAUUUUAAAAUGCGUUCAGAACUUCCACAUUCUACACACAGUAGAAGAAAUAAAAAGCACAGAGGCAGAAAGACAAAGCACGAAGGAGUAACGACGAUAUUACCGGAACUUGCAACAAGGAAAUCUAGAAGAAACAGAAUUAAAAGGAAAGAAAUAAAAUCUUUUAUUGACUUACCAUUCUUCACGAAUACCGGGAAAAAGAAAAAUAUGAGAAAAGAUAGAAUUAGAAUAAAUAAAGAAAGUGGUCAAGAAAAAGUUAGUGAAUUAGAAGAAACUAAAAUAAAUACUCGGCUGCACAAAGCAGAUUUACAUGCAGAUAUCGCACCAAAGUCCGAGUUGGCACACCUACGAGCUAAGAGACGUAAGGAAGAAACAAUCAGCAGCUUCCAAGAUGACGAAAGUAUAUCCACCGGCGCUGAAGAAGAAUCGGAGAACGUUGAAGAGUCAAGUAAGGAAUGGGAAAACAAUAGGAGAAAGAGAACUGCAUCAAAGGAGGAAGAGGGCCAGGAGAGCGCUUCAGACACUCAAGAAAACGCCGAAUCCGAAUUCGUGGUCACAUUGCGUCCCACACAAAUACGCACGUUCGUCAUUUGGUUCGUUGACAACCGCAAAACGUAUACGUUGUAA